UCGGGCACGUGAUUUACCUUUCCUCAUCCUCAUCUUUUUUUGGUGCGAAGCCAGCGAUCGUUUACAAAUACCCUAACUCACCGAUCCCGCCCCAAAACCCUUGACUCGGUCCGAGUCAACUCACCGAGUUAAUCACAAAUGGACACGCACUCCUCCCAUCUCGCUGCAUCGAACCGUUCGCGGAGCUCUCAGUCCCCGUCGCCGUCGCACUCGGCCUCUGCCUCUGCCACCUCGUCCAUCCACAAGCGCAAGCUCGCGUCCGAGGACCACGCGCCGCCGUUCCCUCCCUCUUCAUUCUCCGCGGACACGCGCGACGGCGCUUUGACCUCCAACGACGACCUCGAGAGCAUUUCUGCCCGAGGUGGUGGCGCCGAUUCCGACUCGGACGAUGAGUCCGACGCUCUGGUCGACGACGACGAGGAGGACUUCGACAACGACUCGUCCAUGCGCAACUUCACGGCGGCGCGUCUCGAUAACAGUGGCGCUUCUGCCGUGGCGCGCAACUCGAAGCUCAAAACGGAGAAUGCAACGGUCAAGAAUGAGAGUUCAGACGGCGCUAAAGACGGAGGUGGAACCACCGGGACCGGUGCAGUGGGGCCCACCGUUGCCGGAGGCUCGGUGCCGGGGAUCAUGGUGAAGGAGGACGCCACUAAGAUCUUCACGGAGAAUAUACAGACCAGUGGGGCUUAUAGUGCCAGAGAAGAGAGUUUGAAGAGAGAGGAGGAAGCGGGGAGGCUCAAGUUUGUGUGCCUUUCGAAUGAUGGUAUUGAUGAGCAUAUGGUUUGGUUGGUAGGAUUGAAGAACAUAUUUGCCAGGCAGCUACCUAACAUGCCCAAGGAGUACAUUGUCCGACUUGUUAUGGAUAGAAGUCAUAAAUCAGUUAUGGUUAUCAGACGUAAUCAUGUUGUUGGUGGCAUAACAUAUCGACCGUAUGUCAGCCAAAGGUUUGGAGAGAUAGCUUUUUGUGCAAUCACAGCUGAUGAACAAGUAAAAGGUUAUGGCACCAGACUGAUGAAUCACUUAAAACAGCAUGCACGGGAUGUUGAUGGGCUAACCCAUUUCCUGACAUACGCUGACAAUAAUGCUGUUGGCUAUUUUAUUAAACAGGGUUUUACAAAAGAGAUUCACUUGGAGAAAGACCGAUGGCAUGGCUAUAUAAAAGAUUACGAUGGAGGAAUCCUAAUGGAAUGCAGAAUUGACCCAAAGCUACCAUACACCGACUUAUCAACUAUGAUUCGUUGUCAGAGGCAGGCGAUCGACGAGAAGAUAAGAGAGCUCUCAAAUUGUCACAUUGUUUAUCCUGGCAUUGAUUUUCAAAAGAAAGAAGCUGGUGUUCCUAAAAAAAUCAUUAAGGUUGAGGACAUCCCUGGCUUGAGGGAGGCUGGGUGGACCCCUGAUCAAUGGGGCCAUUCGCGGUUUGGAGCUUUGUCGGCUUCCACAGACAGUGGCAGAAAGCAUUUGACUGCAUUCAUGCGAGUACUUCUAAAGUGUAUGCAUGACCAUGUUGAUGCCUGGCCAUUCAAGGAACCAGUUGAUGCACGUGAUGUUCCUGAUUAUUAUGACAUCAUCAAAGAUCCCAUGGAUCUGAAGACUAUGUUGAAGAGGGUAGAGUCGGAACAGUAUUACGUAACGUUUGAGAUGUUUGUUGCGGAUGCCAAGAGGAUGUUUGCAAAUGCACGCACUUACAACUCCCCCGAUACCAUUUACUAUAAAUGUUCAACCAGGCUGGAAGCCCAUUUUCAAAGCAAAGUUCAAUCAGGACUCCAAGCUGGUGCCAAAAUCCAGCAGUGAAUUAGAUGAAUGUACAUACCGGUUUCAUUACGUUCAGCUGCCUGGCCCCAUGGCAAUGCUUUAUGUUGUAUUUUUAGUUUUUAUUUAAUUUUUUCAAAAUUUGUAUGCACUUACCAUCAUGGAGUCAUGUUCUCUGCUGGCUUUUCCUCUUUCUGCCUUCUUGUUACAAUUCAGACUUUUAUUGAAAUCCAAAUGGUUUUAUAUCA